UGCAGACGACACUAAGGACUGGAAUGUCUCUGUCAGAAAUGGCACCCUGCCGAUAAGCCUCAGGAGAGGUCGCGGAAAGGCUUUCCAGGGAUUCGGGCCCAAUGCUCGUGAAAAUGCAAUUGCAAAUGGCAGGGUGGUUACAUGUUGGGCUGUGGGAGUGGGCCAGAAUCAAGGGGGUGAUGGGGGGACUGUGGUGGACAUCUUGGAGAGCAGGAAGAGGGUUGAGAGGCGUGGAGAGGAAUUGCACAAGUGGUGGGAAGUAGACAGUGGCUCAGCGAAGCUGGAUCCCAUGCCUGGCAAGGGCUCUGCAGAGGAGACCGCAUGCCCGCUCCUCGCCCCCAAUCAGAUCAAGCGCGAGGACGAAGACUUCAGCUCCUACUUGGACUUGGACCUCUUCCUGUCAGAUCUGACCGGCGUGGAGCCUGGGGCUAGCACUGCUCUGCCAGCCGUCUACCCCCUGGCCGAUGGGCCAGGGGUCGGCAAAGUGAAGAGGGAGGCUGAGGAUGGCAUGGACUGGAAUGGCCCCGACACACCCCACACCAGCCUGGUGGCCGAACUCUUGUCCUCCGAGGUCCAAACCGGACAUCCGGCCAAUCAGACCAACUGCGUUGACCCCCGCAGCAAAACCUACACCAACCUGGGAGCCAUCGAUCACGGCGUGCCAGCGUCGGUGAUGGAUAAUGUGGUCGACCAGCUGCAUGCGUUGACGGGAGGCACAGGGCAUGGGUUCCAGAAGCAAGCUGGCAUGGCCUCUGCCACUCCCUUGGCCAAUCCGCUGGCGAACGAGAAGCCCAUUGUAAUGCCAAAGAGCCGCAUGCCCAGCCCCCUGGUCCACCCAUACUACCCUCCAGCGCAAUUGAACCAAGGCCCAGGAGAUCUGAGACCACAGGCCCGCAGCCAGUUACAGAUUUCCCAGCAUUAUCGGUAUUGCCAGCUGCAACAACCGCUGCCCCUUGGCUACCACAUCCUGUCCCGAUACCCAUCCUACUACUCACACCAGCCGCCACCCCACCAGUAUCAGGGGCAGGUCCACUUCUACACAUCUGACUUCAAAGCUGCCCACUCCACACAGGGCACAGUCCUACCACCAUCUCCCUCCUCCUCCUCCUCCUCUUCUUCUUCCUUGUUGGCUUUGGUACCACCUGCGCCAGAGGAGGCCAAGGUGAAGCGGAGCAGGAGGACAUGGUCUCGGAAGCGUGUCACCACCCACACCUGCGACUACCCCGACUGCGGCAAGAUCUACACCAAGAGCUCCCACUUGAAGGCCCACCUCCGUACCCACACAGGUGAGAAGCCAUACCAGUGUACGUGGGAAGGUUGCAGCUGGAAGUUUGCCCGUUCUGACGAACUGACCCGUCAUUACCGCAAGCACACGGGGCACCGUCCCUUCCAGUGCCACCUGUGUGAGCGGGCAUUCUCCAGGUCGGACCACCUGGCUCUUCACAUGAAGAGGCACAUGUGACCCUCUGUCGCCUCUCCUCCCAAACAAUCAGGGCACGACAAAUGUGGACCAUCUCCCGGGCCCCUCGGAGACCGACAUCCCGCUCCAGAUGCAGUGACUCCCUCCCUUCCUUCUGCUGGGAGGAGGGGGGGAAACACGGAUGGUGAUUCAGCGAGGGACAUAAGGGAGCAAGGGGCAAGGUUGUGUCAUUCUAAAGUUGGGUGGGGGGUAGGUGGUCAAGGACUACGCUGGGGAGGAGAUUUAUAUGAAAAAAACUCAACAUAAGUAAGACUUUCCACACCUUAAACAAACUGCACCGGUGUGUUGUGUAUGCUGGAUUGGGAAUGCGCCUGAGUUGUUGGCUGGGUGGUUAGGGGAAGGAUACCCCUCAUGCCCCUCCCCUUCCCCUCCUUGAGUGACAGACCCUCAUCCUCUCAUCACGUGGACAUCCUGCUGGUUUUGCCCAUGGCCACUGACCGCGGGUUCCACUGCCCGGUUAAUUUGCCACUGCCUGACCUGCCUGGAGGUCUGGCCAUGCCUUGGAGCUGGGUACACACUCUAGACACCUUGUGAUGUAGAAACAGCCUCUGACAAUUGGACCUGCUGACACCUGCCCAAGGUGCCAGUUUCCAAUAGGUUUGGCUGUGUCAGCCAACACCUGGGGGAAUGGAGUUGAGGGUCUUUGCCCCCUCCACCCCCCCCAUUUCCAGGGAGUGUACAUUGUGUGACCUACCUCUGGGUGGUUACACUCCCCUUGCCUUGUGCCCCCUGUGUGGACUGAAAUCAUUCUACCCAAUGUUGGCAGUCACCCACCUGGCAUUAAAAAUUGGACCUGUUGGUGCCUGGCAGAGCCCGGCGGUCUCUGAGGGGAAGUCUGUGAUCAAUUGAAGAACUCCGCACUCCACCUCCAUCGUCCCGUGAAAUCGAUCAGCAAAUGCCAGCUCCGCACGUGCACGCACGUGCAUUUGGCUCCCCACGAGGACUGUCCCUCAAAACCUUGCAUCGCACAUUGCCCAACUGUGCGCUGUUUGCCUGCCAGCCCUCUUGGGAGACAGCAGGAACUGCCGAUGCUGGAGAAUCUGAGAUAACAAGGUGUCGAGCUGGAGGAACACAGCAGGCCAAGCAGCAUCGGAGGAGCAGGAAGGCUGACGUUUUGGGCCUAGACACUUCUUCAGAUCCCUCUUGGGAAUUGUGUGGCUUGGAGGUUGGGCAGGGAAGGUAGUGGGAGUGCAAUUCCUGCCAGUAGACACUGAGCUGUCCCCUCCCCACUGCAAUGAACCAGAUAUUCCACCCCCCCUACCUCGAACCCCACCCUUUCCAGCUCCUGGCAUGGCCAACGUACGACAGGAUCCAGCCUGUGCUGGGGACACUACUCUGGGGCUGACUGCUGGGGAUUUUUUUUUUUGAGACCUGGGCACCCAGAAUGUGAGAUAACAAAAUGUGGAGCUGGAUGAACACAG